GAUAGAAAUGCCUCGAUCUUUCCUCGUAAAGAAGUAUUUUACGAGCAAAAGGCCGAAUUACAGCGAAUUGGAAGACCAGAGUGACUCCACAGGUCUGCCAGAGAGGCCUCCACUGGCUGAGCUGCCAGCAGCGGUCAAUGGUACCAGUCUGCUGUGGAACCUGACUCUCCUGCCGGACCUCUGCAUCCCAGCAUCAGCGAUUGCCCCGUCCACUGCGGCACCCCUGGACCUUAGCUCCCCCUCCAGCAGCAGCAGUGAGGAGGACGAGGGGCGCACGUCAGACCCCCCGAGCCCCGAGCCCACUGGCCGUUACGGGUGCCCCCAUUGCAACAAGAGCUAUAGCAGCGCUGCCGCGUUGUCCCGCCACCGGCUGUCCCACAGCAGGGUGGGGGAGAAGGGCUCCCCCGCUGCCCGUCCAGCCUUCCGCUGCAAGCACUGCCCCAAGGAGUACAACAGCCUGGGGGCCUUGAAGAUGCACAUCCGCUCGCACACGUUGCCCUGCGUCUGCACCACCUGUGGGAAGGCCUUCUCCAGACCCUGGCUGCUGCGUGGCCACAUCCGCACACACACCGGCGAGCGGCCGUUCUCCUGCCCCCACUGCGACCGCGCCUUCGCCGAUCGCUCCAACCUGCGCGCCCACCUGCAGACGCACGCAGAGGUGAAGAGGUACCACUGCGGCACCUGCUCCCGAAGCUUCAGCCGCAUGUCCCUGCUGCACAAGCACAACAGCGCUGGCUGCGUCCCCACCCCUGUCUGAAGCGCCAAACUCUCAGGGAGAGACACACGCACACACACACACACACACACGCACACGCACGCGC